UUAAAAGUUGAAAGUCUACGUUAUUAAAAAUCGUAUUACAAAACCUACUAUUUGGUCGACAAUUUGGAGAUGAAGAUAAGAGAAAGCAACUAAAUUUUGGGAGUCUUGUUACUAAUCCUCUUGAUUUUGUUGAUAUCUUCCCAGAGAAAGAAAAGCAAUUGAAACACUUUCUUUAAGUUGCUUUCUUUGGGAUGGUGUGAAAAGAAAGCAAGUCCUUCCCCAGGGAGAACUUAGUUUUGAAGUAAAAGCAAAAACAAACAAUGAGACACACAUAUAGAUCAUCUUGCAGGUGUUUGGCAAAUGUUGAAGUAGAGGGCGCUCAAGAGGGCAGCAUUAAUAUCUGCAAGGAGAUAAUGCAGAAAAUGCGGAACUUAGGAAGCAUUGGCAGCAGCGGGAGACCAUCAAUGGAAGACAACUACGAUGAUGAAGAGAUUCCGAGGCUUGCAAUGUCCACAUUUCAAGCUAAAGAAGAAGAGAUUGAGAGGAAAAAGAUGGAGGUUAAAGAGAAAGUUGAACUCCAGUUAGGCCGUGCUGAGGAAGAAACAAGGCGCUUAGCACAGAUGUGGGAAGAGCUCGAAGUGCUCGGAGACCCUUUGAGGAAGGAAGUAGCAAUGGUGCGUAAGAGAAUCGAUUUGGCCAAUCGGGAGCUUAAGCCACUUGGACAAAGCUGCCAGAAAAAGGAAAAAGAAUAUAAAGAUGCUUUGGAGGCUUUUAACGAAAAGAGCAAAGAGAAAACUCAGUUAGUUGCUACAUUAAUGGAGCUGCUGACUGAAAGUGAAAGAGUGAGAAUGAAGAAACUGGAGGAGAUCAGCAAAAACAUUGAGUCCAUGCAGUAAAAUGUUUAUUUCGAGUGAUGCAGUAAAAUAUUAUUUUAUUAUUUACACUCUGAUAAGCCCUAUUAUUCUUAUUUAAGAAUUUUUAUCAUGAUGAAUUAAUGUCAAAUACAGAAAGCUUGUCUUGUCUUAUCUUGACAGCAAUACAUGGCCAAACAUCGUUAUAG